CUGCUCCAUCGAUCCGAUUUGUCUGCUUUGAUUGGCGACGUGCUCUCCAACCACAUACCACCAGCCACCUGGCUGCUGCCGGGUCGGCCUGAGUGACCUGAAGUUGCAGACUCCAGUCGGAAGGUGGCAGCACCAUGCCAGGCGGGGCCGGACGGACGGGGUCGGACACUCCCCGGACCUCGCGGCGCACCCAGACCGACAGUCAGCACUCCGAGUCACCGCGCAGGACUCGGGGGGCUCCUCAGCACUCCGCCACUAACAGCACGCCCAGAACUCCUCGGAGUUCCGGCAUCUCAUGGAAGGCCGCUCGAAGAGGACGAGUCUCACGCGGUGUGCAAACCCCGAGGGCCUGGGUGGCCUCGCGCGCUCCCGGGUCAGCCGCUCAGGCCGCGGCGACUCCAAGAACAUCGCGAAGAUCCCGCUCUUCUGGGUACACGCGGCGACGAAAACCUCUUACCUUAUCACGUGAAUGUAAGAUCUCCUUCUCCAUCGACGGCCGUUGCCGAGUCGUAUCAAUUCUGAACCAGACGGACAUUCUGGAUGUCAUCACAGAAUUUCUGGAUCUAAUCGAGACAAACACAGAACAUUUGAGAGAUCUUGAGGAGUUUGUACGUCAACUGACAGAAAAGUAUGACUUUUGGGUGGAAGAGAGCAAAGAUGAUCGGAGAACGGUGGCUUAUAAAACAUCCGUCAGAGUCGACCAGACAAGGGAUGCAGCGCUGCGUCUCAUCACACAAGCUGGCAUUCAGGUACAAACCAAUUCUGAAGAAAUUGGUCCUGUCGCUGAUCGAAACAUAACGAACCACCAGGAGAUGGAAUACGAUCAGAUCCAGAAUGCGGAACAAAGCCAGAACCAGCAGCCCCUGGUCAACGCAAACCAGGAGCCCCAACUCAGACGGAACCAGCAGAUAGAGCACAACCAGAGCCAGCAACCCCUGCUCAUCGACUCAGAAACCGGCUCAGACGACUCAGCCCAGCUCGCCCAGAGUACCCAGACCGCGGGGCUUCCGGAGGAGAACCGGGAGUCUCAACAGAGAGAAGAGCUUCAGCACCCUCGGGCGCAGCGAUCGGCAAGUUCAGACUCUGAUGUCACAUUUUAUGACGGAGAAGCCGAGGUCUUGCCAUAUGCUGCUGAAUCCAUGGACACAGCAUAUACUGAAGAAUCCGAGGCCUUAUCACGUGCCGCUGAAGCUGAUGUACCAUCACCGGACGAAGACGAUGCCGCAGGGACUGACGAAGACCAGGCACGAGGGAUCGUGAGGGAUUUCGAAAGCCUUGGGCCCCUCCUGGCUAGAUUCGGCCACAUGUAUAUGGCAGACCGUAUGGCUAUGAUGGCCAACAUCCAGGAGCUCAGAAGCGAGCUGGCGCAACUGCGUCGAAUGCAUGAAUAACCAGAAAUGUUAAAGGCAAAACAUUAUCCACGUGUUUUAACCCGCGCAUGACUGGGGGGCUCUACGAAGCCCCCCUCCCGUUUUUCUGUGAAAUCUUCUAAACCACUUAGCGUAUCAACACGAAACUUGCAGUAACUUGAGUUGCAUCAAUUUGAUACUUUGUGUCAAAAUUAAAAUUUCGUAGCUACUAUAGAUCGGCCCGAAAUGACGUCAGAGUGACGUCAUGUCGGCCGAAUUUUGAUGCAAAACAUUGAGCUACGGCAAU